AUGCUCAAGAGUACCGAUGCACCUAACGACGAAGAACGCAAGGUACAAGUGGCAGAGAAUUGGAACAAGCUUUGCAGCCUGGUUCCCCCAAAAUUGAACCUUGAUGGAUGGAUCAUGAAAAUGCAGGUCUGCUAUGCUGAGGCUAAGGAAGUUGGCUGUCAGGAAUUCGAGCAGAAUGAACGAAUCAUCAUUCAGUUCCUCAGAGCUGUUGGGUCCACAUCUCCUGAGUUCUAUGGAAUUUGGAUGGACCGAAUUCAUGACCCUGAUGGCAGAGCACUCCCUGAUUUCCCAGACAUCAUCAACCGUUACUCUCAGCAAGUUGGUGUAGCUGCACCUCGAUACCAGCAUCGGCUAGCACACGCUGCUACAUUCCAAGGCCGAGAACCUGAUGCCAACAACAAGAGGAAGAGUACCUGUCCCUAUGAGAAUGCGGAGAAGGGAUUCAAACGAGCCACCAAGUCGAAGGCCUUCAAGACAGCCUACACAAAGGCUUUGGAGAAAUUCAAGAAGGACUCGUCUUCUUCCUCCUCGGAGUCGCCUGCAUCGGAGAAAAAGAGUCGGACAGCAGCAUUCUCCACAUAUAUCCCCAAGACUGUCAUUUCCGAGAUCACUAGAGUUGCGCUGAAUACUAUGCAAAAGAAGGAUACAGCAAAAGCCGCCAAGUACGAUAUCUGGUAUUAUGACACUGGUGCUUCGGUCCACAUUUGCAAUGAUAAGAGCCUUCUAUCCGCCUAUCGACCAGCAACUGGAUCAGUACGAGUCGGGGACACAGAGACAAAUAUUCUUGGAUUUGGAACUCUGAAAGUGAUGCCUACAGAAAGCAUCGACGGCAUCCCUCUCGCUCUCAAGAAGGUGGCAUUCGCGCCCAGGUUUCGCAUGAACCUGAUCUCUGCUGAUCGAGCAGAAGAGGGUGGAUUAUUCUAUGAUGGCCUCUCACAUUCUCUCAUCGAGUCCGAUAAAACGCCGGACAUAGCCCCGAUUGAAGACUUCGGAAAAUUGGCAUUAUCCUCAUACAAAGCCAAGCAUCAGAGAGGAUCUUCUGACCUAUGGCACCGUUGCCUGGGACAUGUUGGCACUGAGGUUAUCAAGCACCUGAGAGACAAUUCCUCCAAUAUUACUGUCGGAGAUGCGGAUUCGAAUGACAUCUGUGAGCUAUGUAAAGUCACGAAAGCACACAAGCAGAUAUCCCGCAAACCGAUGGCAUACGACAAGCCAUUCGAAGCUUUACAUUGGGAUCUUAUCCAUCAUGAGCCCUCUCUCGCCAAGACUCGGUACUUCUCCCAUCUGAUAUUUAGUGACUGGAUCAACAGAAUCUUCGAAUGGCUUGUCCUCACAGAUGUCAUUAGGUUGGACAUCCGGACCAUCCAUUCAGACAAUGAAACCGCUCUUGUCUCGACCAUCUCGUCCGAAGCACAGGCUCGUGGAAUCAACUUCGAAACCGCACCCUCUCACCAGCCUGAACAGAACGGUUAUGCAGAGAGAUAUGGAGCUCUCAUCACAAGCAUGGCCCGACAACUGACUGAAGAUGCUGGUCUUCCACACUCUCUCUGGCACGAGGCCUCCAUGGCUGCCAUCUACAUCCAGAACCGCAUCCCUCACCACGCUCUCGACUGGAAGUCGCCCUCUGAGGUACUCGCAUCUCAUCUCGGAGAGAAAGCACCACAUUGGCUUCAGCUUAAGCCAGACUUGUCGAACCUCCGUGUCUAUGGAUGUAAAGCAUUUGUCCGCACACACAACAUUCCCCGACUGGCAAAGCUAGCUCCUCGAGCUGAAAUUGGAUAUCUUGUUGGCUAUGAAGCGUCCAACAUCUGGCGCAUCUGGAUUCCUGCCAAAAAGCGAAUCAUCCGCGCAAGAGAUGUCGAAUUCGAUGAAACGAAGUUUUACAAAGGAGAAGAGGAACACUCUCCCAUCAAACUCUAUGACGAUUCCUCUAAGCUAAUCUCGACCCUUGACGACUAUACUUCAUCCCGAAUAAUCGAUGACAUCGACAUCCCGGAUAUCACUGAAGAACCUUCUACUGAACAUCUACCUGAUACUUCUCUAGACCCAUCACAGACAGGUCAGGGGGGUGGUAUGGGACUAAUUGACCAGCCUGUUCCAAUUCCUGAGGAGAUUCACACAGCCGAAGAUCUUGUUGACCAGCCAGUUCCAGUCCAGCCAGUUCCAGUCCAGCCAGUUCCAGUUCCCGAAGAGACUCAGCCAGCCCAAGAUCUUGUCCUUGGUGAUAUACCACCUUCUCCCCCACUUGAGCCAGAAUGUGUCUCUGGACCGCAAUCCGAUGUUGAUGACCUAUUCCCAACAUCACCUGUGCUCGGGAAACGAUCCCGUUCCCCAUCUCCAUCUCCUGGGUUGGAUGAAAAGCGACCCAGAAUCAAUCUUACAGCAUUUUACCAAGCCUUUUCGUCUAAUCGGAUUAUGCCCAAGAAACACAUGGUGUCUUCGAUUCCGCCUCCUCCAGGUGACUUUUCUCAAGUCAAGAGUCACCCUUUUCGACGUGAAUUCUUACAAGCCAUGGAUGUUGAAUUCUUACAAGCCAUGGAUGUUGAAUUCAACAAACUUGUCCAGAUGGGUACCUUCGAACCCAUUCCUUCCUCACGCAUCCGAGAAUCCCAUGUUCGUGACUGUGGUGAUUUGAACCAGAAACAUUGCAUCAAACACCAAGUUCUUCCAUUGAAAUGGGCAUAUGACUGCAAAUCCGAUGAGAAGGGCAUUCAAACCCCAUAG